GGCGCUAUGACGGUGACGGAGUUAGUGCCUGCAAAACGCCGCGUGUGAGCUCAUUCGAGAAGUCAUGCUCUGCACACAUAUUAUUUAUAGCAGAACUGAGGCGUGCACGGUGUUCGACAUUUUCUUCUUUUUAAGUAGGGGGACUUCAAAAAGUCGUGGGCACCCCCAUCCCCCAGGCAAAGUGCAGUGGGCCGGCGUCAGGGCGCCGGCUGGAGGCGAACGCGCCAACCACGCGUGUCCGGGCGCAGGUGCGGGGGGCGACGGCGGCCACUCCGCAGCGUCCGCUCGGGAGGAGAUUUCGCGGCUAAUCUCGGGAUGCCUUGCAGAUGCAAAAUGUGUCUCUGGCCAGCAGGAGGAAGGAAGAGGAAGUGAGAGCAGCGGCCGCCGGCGGCGCAGCAGCCGGCCGACCCGGAGUGUAAGUGCGUGUGCUCUGGCGAGCGCGAACCGGCGAGGAUGGGCAAGGGAUAGAAGCAGAGCCACUCACACCGCCGGGGCCCCGAGUUGGGCGACAGACCCUCCGGUCCCCCUUCAGUGGUCGCGGGGUCACCAGAGCUCUGAUUGCUGGGAACCCUCGCCGCCGCCGCCGCCGCCGUCCUGCGACCCCGGGCAGGCGCUGUGAUGAGUACCCACCUCUGUGGACCAGUGAAGAGGAUUAGAAGUAGAAUCACCUGAAAGAUGGCAUUCAAAGCAGGAUCUUAGUUUCCUGACCAAGGAUUGAACAUGUUCUCUUGGCAGUAAAAGCUCGGAGUCCUAACCACUGGACCACCAGGGAAUUCCCUUGUUCCCCCAUUUCUGAAGCCGUAAAGUUUCUUCCUUGGACCUCCACUCUUCUCACAAUGGCCAUCAGUUCCCUAACGCAGAUGGAGAAUCUGAGACGGCAGCCCCACCAUUUAUCGCUCCAUACGGACCCUCCAGUGCAGGGGGCACACGCCCACUACCUUUGGCAGUCAUUGCUUACCUCUGUGACUGGUAUAGACACGUGCGGCCAUCUACACUGUAGGAUCCCGCUUCCACCGGCUUUGGACAUUCCGGGGAUUUGCAAUGCCGCCACCUGCGGACAUCGUCAAGGUGGCCAUAGAAUGGCCGGGCGCCUACCCCAAGCUCAUGGAAAUCGACCAGAAAAAACCACUGUCUGCAAUAAUAAAGGAAGUCUGUGAUGGGUGGUCCCUUGCCAACCAUGAAUACUUUGCACUGCAGCAUGCUGAUAGUUCAAACUUCUAUAUCACAGAAAAGAAUCGCAAUGAAAUAAAAAAUGGCACUAUCCUUCGGUUAACCACAUCUCCAGCUCAAAACGCCCACCAGCUCCAUGAACGAAUCCAGUCGUCGAGUAUGGACGCCAAGCUGGAGGCCCUGAAGGACUUGGCCAGCCUCUCCCGGGAUGUCACGUUUGCCCAGGAGUUUAUCAAUCUGGAUGGCAUCUCUCUCCUCACGCAGAUGGUGGAAAGCGGCACUGAACGAUACCAGAAAUUACAGAAGAUCAUGAAGCCUUGCUUUGGAGACAUGCUGUCCUUCACCCUGACGGCCUUUGUGGAGCUGAUGGACCACGGAAUAGUGUCCUGGGAUACGUUUUCGGUGGCAUUCAUUAAGAAGAUAGCAAGUUUUGUCAACAAGUCAGCCAUAGACGUCUCCAUCCUGCAGCGGUCCUUGGCCAUUCUGGAGUCCAUGGUGCUCAACAGCCAUGACCUCUACCAGAAGGUGGCACAGGAGAUCACUAUUGGCCAACUCAUUCCCCAUCUUCAAGGGACAGAUCAAGAAAUCCAAACCUAUACCAUUGCAGUGAUUAAUGCACUUUUCCUGAAGGCUCCUGAUGAGAAGAGGCAGGUUGGUGUAGAGAGCAGUGUUGACAUCCUUGAUUGUCCUCUGACUGAGAUGGCGAAUCUUUUGGCUCAGAAGCAACUGCGUUCCAUCAUCUUAACACAUGUGAUCCGAGCUCAGCGGGCCAUCAACAAUGAAAUGGCACACCAGCUGUACGUGCUGCAGGUGCUAACCUUUAACCUUUUGGAAGACAGGAUGAUGACCAAGAUGGAUCCCCAGGACCAGGCUCAGCGGGACAUCAUAUUUGAACUUCGAAGAAUUGCUUUUGAUGCAGAGUCUGAACCAAAUAACAGCAGCGGCAGCAUGGAGAAGCGCAAGUCCAUGUACACCCGGGAUUAUAAAAAACUUGGCUUCAUUAAUCAUGUCAACCCUGCCAUGGACUUUACCCAGACACCUCCUGGGAUGUUAGCUCUGGACAAUAUGCUCUACUUUGCCAAGCACCACCAGGAUGCCUACAUUCGGAUUGUGCUUGAGAACAGUAGCCGAGAAGAUAAGCAUGAAUGUCCCUUUGGCCGCAGUAGUAUAGAGCUGACCAAGAUGCUGUGUGAGAUCUUGAAAGUGGGCGAGCUGCCUAGCGAGACCUGCAACGAUUUCCACCCGAUGUUCUUCACCCACGACAGAUCCUUCGAGGAGUUUUUCUGCAUCUGUAUCCAGCUCCUGAACAAGACGUGGAAGGAAAUGAGGGCAACCUCUGAAGACUUCAACAAGGUAAUGCAGGUGGUGAAGGAGCAGGUUAUGAGAGCUCUUACAACCAAGCCUAGCUCCCUGGACCAGUUCAAGAGCAAACUGCAGAACCUGAGCUACACCGAGAUCCUGAAAAUCCGCCAGUCUGAGAGGAUGAACCAGGAAGAUUUCCAGUCUCGCCCGAUUUUGGAACUAAAGGAGAAGAUUCAGCCAGAAAUCUUGGAGUUGAUCAAACAACAGCGCCUGAACCGCCUCGUGGAAGGGACCUGCUUUAGGAAACUCAACUGCCGGCGGAGGCAAGACAAGUUUUGGUAUUGUCGGCUUUCACCAAACCACAAGGUCCUGCAUUAUGGAGACUUGGAAGAAAGUCCUCAGGGAGAAGUGCCCCACGAUUCCUUGCAGGACAAACUGCCAGUGGCAGAUAUCAAAGCUGUGGUGACGGGAAAGGACUGCCCUCAUAUGAAAGAGAAAGGUGCCCUUAAACAAAACAAGGAGGUGCUUGAACUUGCUUUCUCCAUCUUGUAUGACUCAAACUGCCAGCUGAACUUCAUAGCUCCUGACAAGCAUGAGUACUGUAUCUGGACAGAUGGGCUGAAUGCACUGCUGGGGAAAGAUAUGAUGAGCGACCUGACGAGGAAUGACUUGGACACGCUGCUCAGCAUGGAAAUCAAGCUCCGCCUCCUGGACCUGGAAAACAUUCAGAUCCCCGAUGCACCUCCACCCAUCCCCAAGGAGCCCAGCAACUAUGACUUUGUCUAUGACUGUAACUGAAGCGCCCGGGGCCCAGAAGCUCCCCCUCCAAAACUGGAAGAGCUAGCUAACAGGAGAGAAGAAUGAAAACGCUCCCAUGCCUUGGAAUCCGCUGUGGCAGAGGAAAGCUGUGGCCCACAUUUCCUUGGGCCCCAGUGCCUCUAGCCCCGGCGUCUUCCUGCCCCUCCCUGGCGUCCUGCUUACCGCCCUGAUUCCGUUUCUAGACUCCGUUGCUUUAGGUCACCUCCCGUUGCUGCAGCCUAAGGUGGGAGAAAAGCAAAACCCACCGCCAGUAAGAGAGCCAAAGGGCCCUUCCAUCUUCAUCCCGGCAGGCAAGCCCUCCCCUCCUGGAGGCUGAAAGCCAGCAGCACCAGACCGCCCCCAAACCUACAGCCAGACCCAGGGGUGUGCCCGAGGCCUGUGUCUGGAAGAAACAGUCUAUCUACUUGAGAAGACCAAACACCUCCUCGUUGCCCUGCUCUCUAGAGUCCGCUCACACCACCAGUUCCAUGUGAAUUGAAAUCUGCUUCCAGACCCCCUCCCUCCCGCAUCCCGGCCUUGGCCUGCCCUGUUCCUCUCUGGUCCCAAGAGCAGCAGCAGCUUCUUCCUGGUUCUCGCGACAGCGCUGGGUCUCCAGACACAGUCCGUGGGUCCCAUGGCCACUUCACGUCUGCCCUGUGACUGUGACCACCCUUCCUGCCUCCCAGCUAGUCUUGGCUUUCCUCUCCCCGCCCCAGCCCAGACCUGCCUUCUUCAUUGCCACACACCCUUCCAGCCCCUUAGCUGAAAGCACAAAUGGUGAAAUCAGUCACCUUGCUCCAUCUCUAAUGUACUAAAUCUAAAAGCCUCGAUGAGAGGCAGUUGCUUAACUAAGGGUUUGGUGGUCCUUCUCCUGGUGGUUCUGCUGAACACAGGUUUCCACAGGAUGGUCAAGUAUCCAGGUUUACAUCGUUGUAAUUAUUACAGGUAUUGACAGUUUGCAAGGGUUCAGGGUUGUUGGUUUGGGGGGGGGGUAAUUUUUUUUUGGUUUUUUUUUUUCUUUGCUUUGUUUUUGUACAAAAGAGUCUAACAUUUUUUGCCAAACAGAUAUAUAUUUAAUGAAAAGAAAAGAUACAUAAAGGUGUGUACUUUCCAGGGUUUUGUUUUGUUUUUUUAAUUAUUUGAAUCCUAAACCUCUUCCUGAGAAUAACAUUCCCCUAAACAUGCUGUGGAAUAAAAUUAAUUGUGAUGAGUUG